CUUCCAGAAUGUCCUGCCCGGCUGCUUCUGCUCUCCUUGUUGCUGCUUUCUCUGGGCCUCCCAGUCCUGGGCGCCCUCCCACGCCUAAGCCUCAUCUGUGACGGCCGAGUGCUGCAGAGGUACAUUCUGGAAGCUAAGGAGGCAGAGAACAUCACGAUGGGCUGUGCUGAGGUCUGCAGCUUGAGCGAGAAUAUCACAGUCCCAGACACCAAAGUUAACUUCUACACCUGGAAGAGGAUGGAGGUCAGUCAGCAGGCUGCAGAAGUAUGGCAGGGCCUGGCCCUCCUCUCAGAGGCUGUCCUGCGGGGCCAGGCCCUGUUGGCCAACUCCUCCCAGCCAUCAGAAAGCCUGCAGCUGCACCUGGACAAAGCCAUCAGUGGCCUGCGCAGCCUCACCUCCCUACUUCGGGUGCUAGGAGCCCAAAAGGAAGCUGUCUCCCCUCCAGAUGCAGCUUCUGCUGCCCCACUCCGAACAUUCACUGUAGACACUUUGAGCAAACUUUUCCGAAUCUACUCCAAUUUCCUUCGGGGAAAGCUGAAGUUGUACACGGGAGAGGCCUGCAGGAGAGGUGACAGGUGA